AUGUAUCACCUUGGUCAUAAUUUGAAGUCCAAAAAAUUUAGUGAUUCUGUCAUCCCUGUAUUCUACGAGGCAGCAAAGGCAUAUGAUAAGGUGGAGUUUCACCAUAUUAUGAAUCAAAUACGGAGAUUCAAUGCAAGUAAUGUUUUCAAGUAUUUGAGUGAAGCUGGUUUUGAGAAAUGGUCUAGGGCGUAUUUUCUUGGACACCGGUAUAACAUCAUGACAACCAAUAUUGCUGAAUGCCGAUGGUUUCAUGAGAGACGAUCAAUAGCUCUUGAAAUGAAAGGCAAACUGACUGACUAUUAUGAUAAAGUUUCAGAAGAAAGAAGGAAUGGGGCUAGAGUCAUGACUGUGGAGCCUAUUAGUAUAAAUACUUUUCUUGUUAAAGACGGCGAUGUUGGAGGACAAGUGGAUUUGGCCAGCAAGACUUGCUCUUGCAGAGUUUUUGAUAUUGACUAG